UGGGUCGACAGCCUUGACGCCUGCGCCGUGGCCCUCGGGGCCCCGCGCGCGGCGGGCGAGUGCUCGCGGCGCCUGCGCAGUAGGCGGCGGCGACAGGGGGAGGUGGAGGCCGUGGAGCGGUAGCGGCAGCAGCAGGUCCCGGGACUGAGGCAGCAGCCGGGGCGGCGGCGGGCGGAAGCUGAGGUGACGAAGGCAGCGGCGGCGGCAGCCGUUUCCCUCACGGUGGCGGAGACCAAGGCGGCGGCGGCGGCGGCGGCGGCGGCGGACGGGGAGCGGCCCGGCCCCGGCCCCCUGCUCGUUGGCUGUGGCAGGGCCGCCGUGGGGCCGGCCCGGCUCCCGCCCCCCGCGGCUCCCCCUCCGGCUCCUCCUCCGGGGAGACGCCGGGGGCCUGGCCCGGCCCGCACUCAGACCACGGCCGCGGCCGUCUCCGGGGGAGUCGGAGGCGGUGGCGGCGCCAUGGGCGGCCUGGCCUCUGGGGGGGAUGUGGAGCCGGGACUGCCCGUCGAGGUGCGCGGCUCCAACGGGGCCUUCUACAAGCUACCCUACCUGUUGAACUGUUUCUCCAGCCCUUCUGUUCAUCAUUUUGAACUCCUUCAAUGUUCUGAUUAUUCUCUUCAUGCCCAGGGCUUUGUGAAGGAUGUCCAUGAAGACUCUGUCACCAUCUUCUUUGAAAACAACUGGCAGAGUGAGAGACAAAUUCCUUUUGGUGAUGUACGGCUACCACCUCCAGCUGACUAUAAUAAGGAAAUCACGGAAGGAGAUGAAGUGGAGGUUUAUUCUCGAGCAAAUGAGCAAGAACCUUGUGGCUGGUGGCUGGCCCGGGUGCGAAUGAUGAAGGGAGAUUUCUAUGUGAUUGAAUAUGCUGCUUGUGAUGCCACUUACAAUGAGAUCGUUACUCUGGAACGCCUUCGGCCAGUUAAUCCCAAUCCCCUUGCAACAAAAGGCAGCUUCUUCAAGGUUACCAUGGCUGUGCCUGAGGAUCUGAGAGAAGCUUGCUCAAACGAAAAUGUCCAUAAGGAGUUCAAGAAAGCACUAGGAGCGAACUGCAUCUUUCUCAACAUCACAAAUAGUGAGCUCUUCAUUCUGUCAACCACAGAAGCCCCUGUGAAACGGGCCUCCCUGCUAGGUGAUAUGCAUUUCCGAAGCCUGCGUACCAAGUUGCUGCUUAUGUCGCGCAAUGAAGAGGCGACCAAGCACCUAGAGACUAGUAAGCAGUUGGCAGCAGCAUUUCAAGAAGAAUUCACAGUUCGAGAGGACUUGAUGGGAUUGGCAAUUGGCACUCAUGGUGCCAACAUCCAGCAGGCCCGAAAAGUUCCUGGGGUGACAGCCAUCGAGUUGGGUGAAGAGACCUGCACUUUUCGAAUUUACGGGGAGACUCCUGAAGCAUGUCGACAGGCCCGAAGCUACCUUGAGUUUUCUGAGGAUUCUGUUCAAGUGCCCAGGAACCUGGUUGGCAAAGUGAUUGGAAAGAAUGGGAAAGUGAUCCAGGAGAUUGUGGAUAAAUCUGGUGUGGUGAGGGUUCGAGUGGAAGGUGAUAAUGACAAGAAGAACCCCAGAGAGGAGGGUAUGGUCCCCUUCAUAUUUGUUGGUACUCGAGAGAAUAUCAGCAAUGCUCAGGCUCUGUUGGAGUAUCAUCUCUCCUACCUGCAGGAAGUAGAGCAGCUUCGUUUAGAGCGACUGCAAAUUGAUGAACAGCUUCGACAGAUUGGGCUAGGCUUUCGCCCUCCUGGGAGUGGGCGGGGCAUCAGUGGCAGUGACAAGGCUGGAUAUGCCACAGAUGAAAGCUCUUCGUCCUCCCUCCACACCACACGAACCUAUGGAGGCAGCUAUGGGGGCCGGGGCCGGGGCCGGAGGACAGGAGGUCCUGCCUGUGGCGCCAGCUCAGACCCAUCUACAGCUUCUGAAACUGAGUCAGAAAAGAAGGAGGAGCUCAACAGAGCUGGGCCAGGUGACCGGGAUCCCCCAACCCGAGGAGAAGAAAACAGAAAGCGGCCAAUUGGGGGCCGAGGUAGAGGGCCACCACCUGCCCCCCGACCCACCUCGAGAUAUAACUCUUCAUCUAUUAGCUCAGUGCUAAAGGAUCCAGACAGUAACCCCUACAGCCUGCUGGACACAUCUGAACCAGAGCCUCCAGUUGAUUCAGAGCCUGGGGAACCUCCACCAUCAAGUGCUAGACGCCGCCGCUCUCGCCGUCGCCGCACUGAUGAAGAUAGGACUGUCAUGGAUGGAGGCCUAGAGUCUGAUGGGCCCAGCAUGACAGAGAAUGGCUUGGAAGAUGAAUCAAGGCCUCAGCGUCGUAAUCGGAGUCGCCGUCGCCGUAACCGUGGUAACCGGACUGAUGGUUCUAUCAGUGGAGACCGUCAGCCAGUGACUGUGGCUGACUAUAUCUCCAGAGCAGAGUCUCAGAGUCGCCAGCGGCCACCCCUGGAACGCACUAAACCCUCAGAGGACUCUCUUUCAGGACAGAAGGGCGACUCUGUCAACAAACUUCCUAAGGGACCCUCAGAGAAUGGGGAACUUUCUGCCCCCCUGGAGUUGGGUAGUUUGGUGAAUGGGGUUUCAUAAAACCUCCAGCCUGCAUCCCUCCCUUCUCCAUUUCGCUUGCUGCCCAACACCAUGGCCCUCACAGGCCCGACCGACCUGCGCUGGAGCUGCUCUUAUCUAGGGGGGAGGGGGGUGGCACAGCAGCUUGGGUCCCCGCCCAACCUCCAGGAGCUAAUGGAGGGGUGUGUAACAGGGUCAUACCCCCUCCCUUUUGUCCACUCUACCCCCAGGGUGAGGGGAGCCUCUCUCCUUCCCCAUCAGACUGGAUGUGCCUUUAUCCUCUAAUGCCCCAAUCUCUCUCUGAACACCCCCAUUCUCCACCUGUUGGUGGGGGGUGCUCCUUGACCCACCCAGAUUUGACAGUUCAGGGGGUCCCUGCUAUCCCUCCUCCCAUCCUGUAUCCCCCAAUUCUGGGGCCUCAUCACUGUGGAAGACGGGGGGAUAGUGAGGGUCUAAGUGGGUGGGAGGCAUGGGAAGGUUUUUGGAGUAGAACCAGGGGUGUGAAGGGCGGGGUGACAAGGUCCCUCAGGAGGGGGACCAACCUUGUCUGGUGGAUGAGAAGGCGUAUUUAUUUUUCACUGUACAGUAUUUAAAAAGAGAAUAAAAAAAUCCAAAUGGC